UCUGGGGAAGACGCAAUGAGGCGGUGUCUCCGGUUUAUCCUUGUCACUACUUAGUAGCCACUAAGCGAAUAUCCUGACAGUGAGAUCACAUGUGCAGCAACUUCAGGCAACCGCUCGACAUCCCAUCAGUCUAACAUCCGAUCAACAUGCGUGCGUUAGCUGUCAUCGUCGUCGUCGCUCUUCUAUCCACUAGAUCCAUCGCAGCGAGUGGAAACGGCGCCAUACGUUGCAGCGUCGAGACGAACGUCGAUUUGGCGUCGACGCCGUUGACUGUAUACGGGAUACCGGGAAGUCGAGUGAUCCUGCGCAGUGCGAAUCGCGUCGAUUACCAUCUCUUGUGGGCCGUCAAACGCGGCGACGAGACGGCGGAUGAGGAGAUCUACGCGAAAGGUUACAAGUCGACGGAAUUGGCGGUCAGCGCGAAUUAUCGUCUCGUCAUUAAGUCGUUCUCGUCGUUUCCGGAUGGGCUGCGCGCCAGGUUUAGGCUCUACCGCUUGACGAACGAAUCCAGUCACUUUGUUUACCUCAGCCAAUGGGCGGUCGUCAGAGUUGGAAGUCGACCUCAAAUUCGAGGAAACAUAAAUAAUAUGACUCUCAACGAGGGAGAAGUCAUUCCAGCCAUUUGUGCUAAUUAUUCGGGAAUACCAGAGAUCGACAUUCAUGUUACAAGGCGCAAACGUGGGUUUUCUGAAUCGGAGUCUGUCAAUAGUAGUCGGUAUUCGUACGAUCAUCAGACCGGAUGUGUGACAUUUGGAAAAGCGAGUCGAUACGAUUCGGGGGAGUAUGUCAUCUCGGCGUCAAAUUGUCUUGGGCAGGAUCAGUUGGAGUUUAGCGUAAACGUUCGAAGCAAACCAAUCGUCGAAGGCCUAGGCACACAGCAACUUCACGCUGCAUUGCACAGCAAUUUAAUCAUACCAUACAUCGUGUCAGGGUUCCCAGCCCCAACAAUCACUUGGUACCACAAUGGCACCACAAUCCACAGAUCAUCUAGAGUCUUUUACAACACGACCAUACUUAUGCUCAAAACACUAUCCAAGUCAGACGAAGGAGUCUAUGAGAUGCGGGCAGUGAAUGCUCUAGGAAGAGUGAACAGAAUGAUAUCUAUUGUUGUAACUGCUGCAGGCAAGUUGUGAUGUGGAUGUCUCUUGUUGGCACGCGUGUGAUUGAUUGAUUGUGAUAAUAGCAAGACCGAUGACAGGAAAUCCGAGAGGGUCAAACACGCCUAGAGUACGAACGGUAACACCCACAGCCAGAUCCCUUUCCAAUACAACAGCCAGCCCACUCGCAGGCCAUUCCAACAACAAUGACAUCAAACCAUGGAUUCUAAUAGUCAUAAUAAUAGCCGUCAUCCUAAUCAUCACAAUCAUCAUCAUCAUCAUCGUCAUACUAGUGUGCUACAGAAAGAGACAAAAGUACACAGGAAAGAGCACAAAAACAAAUUCAAAUCGAGUGCCAUCUAGGAUUGACACCGAAUCAAACAAGAAACAAGUUGUAGAGUUACGAGCGAUCAAGUCGACCGACGAACAGCCACACACUGCGAACGAGACGAGUAAAAUGCGUAAGCCACCGCCUCCACCUAAGCCAAAGUCUGUUUCUGUAGGUGUCAUUCAAAUGAAAAAGGAUAAUCGUAACAGUUCGACAGCCGGUACUGGACAGUUUACAAGCUAAUUUUGGCUGACGACUGAGAAUAGAGAGAGGCUGUUGCGGGUCAACCAGUCUAUAUCUGUAUCAUGCGUGUACACAUGACUAUGCAUUUUAUUACUAUGUGUGUCUGAAACUGAUAUCCUAUUGCUGCUUAAUUUGCUACAGAGAGAAAUUGUGCUAGAAUAUUAUAAUAUGAAGCAAUCUUUUGUCAACAACAUUUGCACAAUCAUUUUGUAAUUGAUGUAGACUGUCCUAUGUAGUGAAGUAUUGAAGUGCAUGCAUGUGGUGUUUGGCACAGCAAGCAGAAGACACAGGUUAAUUAAGAUA